UUUCGAAAUUCAUUGUCAGUGGAACUUUGACAGUUUGUGUAAAAAAAAACUCAUAUUUCUGCAAGUUGUUUUUCCAAUUUCUUGUAAGAUUAGGCGUGGAAAUAGAGUGAAUUAGCAUUGCAAAGAAGUGCAAGUAUCUAAUUGGAAUAGUGACACAAGAAUUGAGAAGAAAUUGUUCAAGGAUGGAGGCUCUCGAUGUGUUGGAGAAACGAGUUGAUGCUCUGAAUGAUUUGCUGGGUCCUCUACCCAAUGAGGACACUCCCAAGGGUGGGGAGAACCUCACAGAUUCGCUGACGUCAGCCCACACCUUGCUAACGAGUGCAUUGGGUGGUCGAGACAACGUUGUUGAGGUGCUCAAUCGCACAGAUGAACUUGAGACCUACUUAGAUCCCAAUUUCCUCGAUGACAAGCAAGAUGUAAAGGCACAGGAGGUGUACAUCAACACCAUAGCCACAGAACUUGCUGGGAAUUUUGAGAUGUUGGAGAAGAUCAAGUCACUGGAGCCAACUCUAGGCGCUGAGUAUUUUGGCAAAAUUCCCGAUGCCACAGACAAACUCAAGGCACUCAGCAAUGCAGCAUCUGAGCAAAAGGAUCAGAGUGAAAUGAUUGAGCAGAGCAUCAUUCUGGCCAUUCAGCGAUACAGUGAGAUUCAGGCGGGCAUCAAAGAGUCCCUGCGGAAGAUGAAUGAGCGAAUGGAUGAGCUGGAACAGAGGCUGUCGAAGAAGAAGAAGGAUGUGGAUGUGUAAAGCUUCAAAUGUGAUCCCUUCGCGAGAUAAAAAAUUAAGGUUUUUACUUGAAAAUUAUAUUUUCCUUUAUUUACAUCUAUUAUUUAUCUCUUUUUUUUUCUUUUAAAACAAAUACGAUUCAAAAAAAAAAACAUAUACAGUAGCUAACUUAUAACUUUACAUUUGAAUAAUAUAAUAUAUUUGCUUAAUUAUAUUGAUGGAAAAUGUUGAGAAGUUUUUCAUUAAAAAUUAUAAUCCUAUAAAAAAAAAUCCAUAAAGAUCAUCGAAAAUAUAUCUUUUCUUUUGCUACCAGAAUAAAUGGAUAAAAUAGAA